CCUGGUUGUACUCGGAAGUGGCCAUCUACGCUUGCAAAGACGAGGCAUACUUUUUUUCACUUCAUCAGCAGGGCCAUAACGGAAUUUCUCCGGCCUUGUGCGGCCUCAUAAUGCUUCUCGAUUCUGUGAAUGACCGAUCUCAUCAUUUUCUCCUCAGCGCUUGCACCCAAACCUUGAAGCGUCUGGAGGAGUCGAGGGCAGUCGGGCGCUCGAAAUUUAUAGACAGGCACAUAAUACCUCCAAUAUGCUGAAACAAUCACAGUUGGAUGGAACUGUACGCAUGGGCACUUCGGCCUGCUCACGAGGAACAUCCGAGAUGACAGGCACACUCUUGAAGACGAGCUGCAUUAAAACCUGCUCUUCUAUGGGAAUUUCAUCAAUUCAUCCCGAUCCCCUCGACUUGAGGGCAUCAGAGGCAUCUUCACAAUGCUGCCCGACUUCCUCAUGGUUUUGGUGGUUACUUUAUUUUCGCUUCUCUCCUUCCUCCCAGCCGCAAAUGCUGCAGAUUGUACCACCGCAACCGUUGGCGCUCCGUACAACGAUUGUUAUGAUAUCUGGACUGCUGCUGGAAUCACAUCAGACGAUUUCUACUCGUAUAACCCAGGCAUAGACUGUAGUCUUCUGGUCCCCGGCCAGAAAGUUUGUAUUUCCUCCGGCUCACUCCCUAGUGACGCUCCAAGCCCAUACCCAAAUGGAACCUGUUAUGAAUACACAGUCGUAUCCCAGGAUACAUGCUCUUCCAUCGCUGUGAAAUUCGAUAUUACGGCCGACGAUAUCGAGACUUGGAACGAGGACACGUACAAGUGGGAAGGAUGCAAUGGCUUGCAGAUAGGUUUCGUGCUGUGUGUUUCUCCAGGUACUCCACCUCCAAUCCCCAUCGAUCCAAACGCACAAUGUGGUCCGACCAGCUCUGGAAAUGCGACAUGUCCGUUGAACGCAUGUUGUAGCGCAUUUGGCUACUGUGGUCUUACAGACGAGUUCUGUUCAACAACCGUACGUACUGUCUAUAUUGAUAUGCGCAACUUCCCGGUACCUGCUCACGCAUCCAUGACUUUUCAUUAGGGUGCCAACCCAUGGUACGUGUAAAAUUCCCUUGUUUCUCGUAUCAUGCCUUCGACUUGUGUAAGAAGUGUGCUGACAUGUGAUGAACAGCCAAUCAAAUUGCUUCAUCCCAUCACUACCUUCCUGUUCCGCUCCAUCCUCUCCGCGAAAGAUAGGCUAUUACGCAGGCUGGGCCACAGGUAGACCCUGUGGUGCAGUUUACCCUUCGCAGAUCGAUUGGUCCGGAUAUACACAUGCACAUUAUGCAUUCGCAACCAUAUCAGAGGACUUUGAAAUUGUGAUCGCUGACACGGACGUUCCGCUUUUGCAAGAGCUCGUUGCACAGAAGGUAUAUGCAGGUGGGCUCAAGGUCGUUAUCGCCGUUGGUGGAUGGACAUUUUCCGAGGCUGACCCUUCGCAACAAAUAUUCUCGCUCAUGAUUGCGACCGCGACAUCGCGAUCAACAUUUAUAUCCUCCGUUGAGUCCGCCUUGAACACAUACGGGUUGGACGGGAUAGACAUCGACUUUGAAUAUCCGGGUGCCGUGGAACGCAAUGCCCCCGCGACAGACACUCCGAAUCUCACUGCUUUCUUCAGCGAGAUUUCGGCUGCGUUACCGAACACAAUCCUCUCUAUCGCUACACCGGCUGGGUACUGGUUCCUUAAAGGAUUCGAGAUCGACAAAAUCGCUGACUACGUGACAUAUAUGAACAUGAUUUUCUAUGACUAUCAUGGACCUUGGGACACAAACGUUACCGACCAGCCUUCAGUGACAAAUCCGCAGACGUCGAUCGUGGAUAUAGAGACCAGUACUGAGCUCUAUGUUCGCGCGGGUAUAGACCUUUCCAUUGUCAACCUCGGUCUGGCGUGGUACGGACGAACUUAUCACCUCCAAGAUCCCACAUGCACUGGCUACAAUUGCACGAUGACAGGCGGUGGGGCAGCGGGUGAAUGUGAUCAAGCAUCCGGCGUUCUCGCCCAAUUCGAAAUCUUGGAUAUGAUAGCCAACGGAAACGCCCCAAUAUACGACGGAGGAAGUGAGACGUACUGGUUCAACACAGACGGAGACCUGGUAACUUUCGAUCAGGAUGAUACAUGGAGCGCAAAGACCGAUUUCGCGGAGUCGACUUGCUUUGGAGGUACCUUCAUCUGGUCGAUGGAUCAAGUUAUUCCGGGCACGGACGGCACAGGCGUUGGAUCCAACAAAACCGGAUCAGGUAGCGGCUCAGGCUCUGGGGAAGCACCGACGUAUUCUAUAAUUCCAUGGAAUCCCAAUCCGUACCCAGCGUCCGCAGCGCCAUCCGAGACUUUCGUUGCUUCAGGUGCUACUUAUGUUAUCCCGGUGCCGACAACGACAACAGCUAUCACGGUCGGAGGAAAUGUGAUUACGCUUGGCCCAGGAGGGACACCUAUAAUGUCCUUGGUUCCCACUGGCGUCUCACAACCAAACGCUGUCACGCCAAGUUGGACGUAUCAAAUCGCCCCACCUAGUGGCGCUAGGACCUUGACAUUUACCGCGCCAAUCAGUGGUUCGACAACCUAUGCAACCUCCAUUGUCGUUCCUGCGACGCCCGGAGCUCCUGCAGCGACAGUGACCGGCCCGCCUGGCGACACUAACUGCGACGGAAGCAACCAGUGGGCAGUUGCCUAUGGCCCAUCAAUAAGUGGCUGCCUCCCGGCUGACGUCGGAGUCCCUGGAGGCACCACGCCUUCCGCGGCCCCACCAAACGAUUGGACAGGGGCCUGGAUAGAUCCUCAGCCACCAUUCACGACAUCGAAUGUUGCUCCUUCCGCUUCGUAUUCGUACAUCACCUGGAACCCGAAUCCAUUCCCCCCUUCUUCGGCAUCAUCGGAAACAAUCAUUCUUUCUGGGACCACAACCACGUUUUCUAUCCCUUCGACAACGACGUCUCUCUUACUUGCUGGCGCAACGAUCACAUUGAACCCAGGUGGAACGCCCAUCAAUAGCCCUGUUCCGACUGGAUUUUCCAUAGUAAGCGGCACCACGCCGACUUGGACAUAUUACAUCUCGCCUACUCCUAGCGCCUCUACAGUCACAUACACGGCCCCACUUACUUCGGCACCUACUUGGACUUCAACGGUCCCUAUACCUUCUGCUUCUAACGCUCCUGCAUCUACUGUUACUGGGCCACCUGGAGAUCACGACUUGUGCGACCAGUCUACGAACGUCUGGAGUUUACUGUUCGGAGGGUCUAUUCUCGGUUGCAUGCCUGCUGACGUGGGAAUCCAAGGUGGUAUCACUCCUAAACCAAUGCGUCCACCUGGGUGGACGGGAUCGUGGACGGAUCCGUUCCCAAUCGCUACCGGCGAACCUGAUGAUGGCAGCGAACCAAGCACGACUACAACUGGAACGUCGACGUCUACAUCAUCAAGUUCAAGUUCGUCUUCCUCCGCACCAGCAUGCACGCCUGCCAACUUCGCUGAGUUGUAUAACUCUUACGAUCUGCCGGAUGAUCCUGGGAAUGCGGAUUGGGAGGAUGAGGGAACUGAUCCUGAUUACAAGCGUAAGCGUGGCCUACUGGGUGCAAGAGUUCCAAUUUACACUCCACGACAUAUCGCUGUUCAAAAUUGUAUAUCUGUGGAGUCUCCUCAGGCGGUAUUGUUAGGGGCGGGUUCAUAUCUUACCCUUGACGAUACAACGUUUUACACUGGAACAGAUCUCUCGGUAUCGUACGUGAACAGUCGUCCCUCUCAGCGUCCGUCUGUUCAGGAGCAUAUAUUUGAGCUAGGAUACAUCAAUCAGUUCUUCACAAACGGGCCCAUCACAGACUGCGAUUGGAUAAAGAGCAAUGCAUUUAACUAUGUCCGUGCCGACGGCUCGACGUUGGGAAGCGCUAUUCUCGCCGCUAUUGAUAAUACAGAUAACAUGGUAUGGGCCGACGUCCCAAUGAAUCAAGCAAAGUCCAAUGUGGUCAAUGGAAACUCGAACUCGGCAUCUUCGCCUCCUCAACUAGCGACCAUGCAGUAUAUCCGGAUCAAUCAGGCCGGCGACACUAACCUCGAGUCCGACCUUGCCGAACUUGAAACCUUUAUCCGGAACCAAGCAGCGUUGGGAGAAUAUUUCGGAAGAACGAGCUCAAUAUUCUCAGCCACAGCCUUGAAAGUUCAGAAUUUGUUGGCAGAAAUUACGCCACCGACUAAUGGUAUCCCUGAUCAGUCAACGAGCGUUCCUUUACUGUUCUACAACUGGCUGCAUGAUUUGGUCUCGGGAUACCCCAACGGGUGUGUAUCUCGUUCUGGGUAUACAUGGACCUAUUACCAAAAUACAGUCCAACUUCUCAUCGCUUCCGGAGUGAUCGAUCAACAACUCGAAUGUAGCCUGCCUCUUUACAACUAUGGGAUACUGAACCCAUCUUCGUUCACAUACACGGACCUCCUGCCGGUCGCACCCACGUCGUCGCGUUGCAAUGUCCCGGGUAGCUUAGGAUAUCCUGGAUACCGCGAUCCUCAAGGGAACCACUACAUCCUUUUUGACGACGAAUUCACUGUUAUGGGCUCGGGGAGAACGGAUUCGUAUGCCAUCGGAACUGGAACUACAUUGAGUGGAAGCCAUCUUCAAGCAACCGAUGUCAGCGGCACCACCGGCUGCGGUGGUGUUUACUCCCUCGCCGACGCGACUCCUAACUCUGGCGACACACCAGUCUACGUCAACUUCGACUGCGCUUCUCAAACGGAUCCCGGCGGCGCGGGCACAUUUAACACCAUGACUUACUACAUCAACAAUCAGCCACUUUCUUGUGCUAUUAUCUUCAAUGACGAGGACGAACACUCUGCGACGUCCGCAUUUUUGUGCGGCCCCGACGGUAACGCUGUAUCUACGUGUGCCAGUUCGGUGGCUGCGGGUGGUGAUUCUGGUGACGAGCCGAUUAUCAUUAGUACGGUUUGGUUUACACAGUUGAAUACAGGUACCUAAUUAUACGAAGAUUUCUUUAUUGUGAUCAUCUUUUUGUCUCUCUUGGUAAUUGGGUAGUCAAUGGUAAUUUUUGUUGGACGCUUG